ACACAUCUUCAUUCUCAGCUGGCGCAACUUUCUGCCAACCUCUCUGAUACGGAGAACCUGGUUCGUAUGACGAGCGUCCAGGCUGAGAGUAUGCGCGGGUUGGGGGCGUGGCAUGGUGGCAUGUUCAUGGCUGCGAGUAAGGUGCUCGGGGAAGAGGCCAUCAACCGCGAUGCAGCGGCACAGGCGAAGGGUGGCCAGAGAUGA